AUGCAUUUAUUUACUUCCGACUCGAAGAUGACGCCUUAUUUUCAUUUUUUAUUUUUGGCACCCUUGCUGUUGCAGGGGCUCUGGGUCAGUUGCUCCCUGGGCUGUGCGUCAUGUGGCUUGCCGAUGAUGGACAAAAGCGCAGAGGAAAUGCUGAUGAUAGAGCUCGUCAAGCAGCAACUUUUGGACAAGCUGCACCUGAAAGAGAGACCAAACAUCACUCAGACGGUUCCCCGGGCAUCGCUCCUCACUGCGCUGCGCAAACUGCACUCGGGGCGCGUCAGACAAGAUGGUACUCUUGAACUAGAAAACAGUAGACCUACCAACAAUCAAGGCUAUGAAAUAGUCAGCUUUGCAGAACUAAAUGAGACAGAGAGUGAUGAUGCAGCCAGCCUCAGUCUUACCUUCCAGUUUCAGCAGGAGCGUGGCCAGAGUAUCCAGGUGCUCCAGUCUUCUCUGUGGAUCUACGCCCGCUCCUCUGAAGACUACCAUAGAGACUCCCGCCUCUCUGCCCGGGUUUUCCUCUCUGCAGAAGGUGGAGUGCCAGGCUCUAACCGCACCCUGGUGAUGGAAAAGAUGCUGGAGGUCCAGCAGAGUAACUGGCACACUUUCCCCAUCACACGCACCCUGCAGGCCUUCCUGGAUGGGGGCCAGCAUCAGCUGCGGCUGGAGGUCAGCUGCGAUGACGAUGGGAAAAAUCUUUGCUCCCGAAGUGACUCUGUUGACACCCCCAACAAGCCCUUCCUGGUGGCCCAGGUACGUCUCCGUGAAGACCGCUCCAAACACACACUCAGGAAGCGCUCGUUGCAUUGUGGUGAAGAAGUAAGUGUGUGCUGCAAGAGAGAAUUCUACAUCAAGUUCAAGGAUAUCCAGUGGAAUGACUGGAUCAUUGCACCUGAAGGCUACCAUAUGAACUAUUGCAUGGGUCAGUGCCCCCAACAUCUGGCUGGCUCCCCAGGCAUAGCAUCCUCAUUCCAUACCACUGUCUUCAGCCAGCUGAAAGUCAACGGCAUUAACACGGCUGCAUCUUCAUGUUGUGUUCCCACUGAGCGACGGCCACUCUCCAUGGUGUACUUCAACUCCCAGCACAGCAUUGUCAAAACGGACGUGCCUGAUAUGAUAGUGGAGUCUUGUGGAUGUACAUAA